UUGUUUUAGAUCCGCUGAAUUGAUUCUUUUUGCGGGUGUUCUAGUGGCGUAAUAUAUGUACUGUUUUGUUUUGGCUAAGAGUUAUCUCAGAUUGUUGGGUUCAGAGAAUGACUGUUAUUCUUACAGACUUGGGGUUUAAACUUUGCCUGGGUUUGGUUAACCAUUGUAUAGUCUUAAUAAUGGGUGCUUCAUGCUUUUUUUUUUUUUAAUUAUUAUUAUUAUUAUUUAAUUUGUUUCUGCUGGUAGAUGAUGCUUGAUUAGAUCAAGAGACUAUUAGUUACUGGGAGGUUUGCACGAGGUUGACUUGAUUAGUUUUGCCAAUAUUAGACUUUUUGACGGUUGAAUACAGCUGACAGCCUAUGAUUUUCAUAUGGGAAAGUCAAUGUUUGAUCAAGCAUUCGUAUAAUAUUAAUAUCAAUAUUCUUACUUUGAUUUUAUUUCGUCUUUGCAAAUUGUGUACCUAAAUGUUGGUUGCCUUUCCACUGCUUUUUGGGUUUGGUAGUGCCAAUUGCAUGCUUGAUUAGCUAUGUUUGUUUCUUGGCCACCUAACCUCAACCUGAAAUAGAAGAAUAUAAAGAACGACAUGUUUCUGCGAAGAAAGCAUUCACAGAAUCAUCAGAAUGACGCCGCUCAAAGAGAUGCAAAGGUCAAGGAACUCAGGGAAGCUCUUGGACCUUUAUCCGGGUGUAGUUUGAAGUACUGUACCGAUGCUUGCCUGAGGAGAUAUCUGGAAGCUCGAAACUGGAAUGUUGACAAGGCACGUAAAAUGUUGGAAGAGACCCUCAAAUGGAGGGCUGCUUACAAGCCUGAAGAAAUCCGCUGGCAUGAAAUAUCACAUGAAGGUGAGACAGGUAAAGUCUUCAGGGCAAAUUUUCAUGAUCGACAUGGGAGGACUGUACUUAUAAUGAGACCGGGGAUGCAGAACACAACUUGUGCAGAAGACAAUAUCCGCCAUUUGGUCUAUCUUAUUGAAAAUGGCAUCCUUAACCUAGCUGAGAGUCAAGAACAAAUGUCUUGGCUGAUAGACUUCACUGGAUUGUCCUUGAGCAAUAAUGUCUCCGUUAGAACAUCUCGUGAUAUCAUUAACAUUUUACAGAAUCACUACCCUGAGAGGCUUGCUAUUGCAUUUCUCUAUAAUCCACCUAGAAUCUUUGAGGCAUUCUGGAAGGCUGUGAAGUACUUCCUAGAUCCUAAAACUUUCCAGAAGGUGAAAUUUGUUUAUCCAAAGAACAAAGACAGUGUGGAGCUGAUGAGUUCUUUGUUUGAUGCCGACAACCUUCCUGGCGAAUUCGGGGGGAAAACCACAAUGAAUUAUGACCAUGAGGAGUUCUCUCGCAUGAUGGCCCAAGACGAUGUAAAAACUGCAAAGUUCUGGGGAUUUGAUGAUAAGCCAAGCUACGUUGCUAAUGGCCAUCUGGGGUCUCAGGUGGCGCCAGAUCCAGCACCUCUUGCCCCACCUGCUUGUUGAGUUAGUCUGCCUGAUGCCAGUUGUGUGAAUGAAAGCCAAAUUCAUGAUCAUAAAGCUUGGACUGAAUCAAUUCAGAAAGUGACUAUAAUUAUCAGAAGACAGAAAAAAUUUUGUGUACUAUAUCAAUUAAAAUAGGAGGCAGUUUCUGCCCCUUCUUUUCCAGUGGUUCCUGCUAUCCUCAGUGCCUUCAAAUUGUCUUACCAUAAAAGAAAUAAGAGAAUACCUUUGUCUUUAAUUUAGCUUCAACUAAUUGUCUAAUUGAUAUCAAAUAUAGCUUGUAAACGUUGAUUCAUAUUCAAAUAAAGUUGAUAAACAUUGGUUGAAUGAAGCCAAUUGGCCA